AUGACUCGCUUUUCGUCUUUGGUUUUGGUAUCACUGGCAUUGGUGCUUGCAUUCUGUUCCUCGAUAUCUGCAAGCAAGACUAGUCUUACUUUACACUAUGACAUUGUCAAGGUGUCGAAUUCUAGCACGAAUCUGGACAUUUACCAGCCAGGAGAAGACUAUACUAACGGCAUAGAGCAGGUUGAAGGUUCCCCUUCUCCCGAUGAUAAUGGCGUCUCGGGUGUCCUUUUCGACCUGGGCGAUGCUUGUUCUAAAAACAAUACCGAUAUCAUCCCGCCCGUUUCCCUGCCAUCUGCUCUCAACUCGCAACGGAUAGCUUUCAUACAAUUAUCCUCAAGCUGUUCCGUCCACGACCAGCUCGUCGCAGCUCAACAGCAACAAGCAGUCGGUGCCGUUUUCUAUGGAUUCGUCGCUUCGGCUCCGAAAUCUUCCGACUCGGACACCAUCCCUGCCUUCCGCGUAGACAACAGUACCGCACAAACGCUGCGCCAGGCUUUGAAAGACAACACCCCCCUCGACCUUGCUGUGAGAGUCGUCAUGAAGUCUUCGCACGAUGGUUUCGGUAGUCCUUGGCAGAUUGCUAUCAUUGUUAUCGGUUGCAUAUUAAUUAUAUCUUUCCUUGUCUCUGUCGCAAUUCAUUUCCGCUUAUACCAACUCCGACAACGCGAAAGUGCAGACAUGAUAGCCCAAAGCGAAGCCGCCGCAAACGCUAAACUCGACGUUAUCUUCACUCUCAACAAAUCCGUCGUCAAAUCAUUCCCGACCAAAGUCUUCCAUCGCUCCAUCGGUGACAAGAUCCGUUCUUCCAUAUACCCGAAUGGCAAAUCCUCCGGCAGUCGUCCAUCCUCUGUCAGGUCCAUGAAGUCUAUCAACAAGGAGAACGCCAACGAUCUGUGUGCUAUCUGUUUGGAAGAGUUCCAAGAUGGCGAAGAACUCCGCGUCUUGCCCAACUGCAAGCAUACUUAUCACAUUCAUUGCGUUGAUAAAUGGUUGACGACCAAGUCCUCGCACUGUCCUCUUUGCAAGCAAGAUUGUACUCCUCCGGAAUUGGCUUCCAAGAGACAAAAGAAAUCAGGACUCGGAUUUUUGAAUUGGUUUGGAAACGGUCAUGAACAGCGCGGUGGAAGACGAUGCAACGAUGAUUUGUUCUCCGUUCAGGAACUCCCGGCCGCUGCCAUGAAGCAGGAGAGAUUUGUAUAA